UCAUGUGACGAGAAAGGCCAAUAGUGAGCAGCAUGAGGCUGCUGCUGUCCUUUGUACCUGCUCAGACUCUUCCAUCAUGUCCCUCUCUACACUCGGUAGGGAAGCAGUGGUUGGUAUUGCUAUGCUGGGAAUAACCUUUGCUACUGGUGUCUAUAUUGGAAAAAGAUACUUUAUGUACCGUAGGAAAAAGUCACAGAAAAUGUUUGAUGUCCAGGGUGACCCACGGAGAGCAUAUCUGCUGCGCCUAUCACUCCGAGAACACCCGUCAGCAAAGAAGCUAAGAAAGCAUCUUUUGGGGAUCACUUCUCAGGAUAUAAGCAGCGAUGCUGCCCAGCUAUUGGGGAAUCUGGCUAAGCUUAUUAAUUCUAGGAAGAUUUUGGACAUGGGGUGGAGCUGUGGGUACAAUCCUCUGAUCCUUGCCUUGGUGCUGCCAUCUGAUGGAAAAGUAAUUGCAAAUGUGCGAGCUAUAGAGGAUGUCAGCUAUGCCAGGAACUCGUGGAAUGAGGCUGGUGUGGAGCGCAAGAUUCACGUAGAGGAAAAAACUGAAGAGCAAACGCUGGACGACUUGCUCUCCAAUGGGGAAGCUGGUACAUUUGACUUGAUCUCCAUAAACAUGGCCAACCAACAAAACUGCAGGAAGUGUUAUGAGAAAUGUCUGCGUCUCUUGAAGAGCAGAGGAAUACUAGCCAUAGAUGGGGUGCUUUGCAAUGGAGCAGUCCUGAAAAGGAACAUGGAGGAUGAAGGUGUGCAGGGAAUGCAUCAGAUGAAUGAAGCUAUCUUAAGGGAUGCCCGUGUUUACUUGAGUGUCCUACCUCUUGGUGAUGGUCUGAUGCUGUGUUUCAAACUUUGAACUAAAGUAUCUAUCACUCCAAGCUACAUUUUAUACAUCUAUUUUUUUGCUUUUUUUUUUUUUUUAAUAAACAGAAAUAAAUGCAACCAUGAAAUUA